AUGAGGCUAGGCUUGCACCAAGACGCCGAAAAACAAUUCUUGUCGUCCUUGAAAAAUCAUCGCUUGCCUGAGACUCACGCCUAUCUAGCAAAGGUUUACAAUCGUCUCGAUCAACCUCUUGUGGCGAACAAGUACUAUGAACAGGGCCUCAUGCUCUACCACGAUGACGUCACAUUGCUAACAGGAUUAGCAAGAAAUAAAGAGCUACUCGGCGAACUUGGCGAAUCCAGCGAGUGCUACAAGAAGAUUCUCAAUGUACAGGCGAACAACAUUGAAGCAAUUGCGUGCAUAGCUACCAACUGUUUUUAUGAUGACAAGCCUGAAAUCGCUCUUCGUUACUACCGACGAAUCAUGCAAAUGGGUGUGAAUAACGCUGAACUGAUGAUGAACAUAGGGCUGUGCUGCUUCGCCUGUCAACAGUUCGACUUCGCUCUGUCAUCGAUACAAAGGGCUCAUUCUACAGCCACGGAGGAUACUGCCGGGGAAAUAUGGUACAACACAGGGCACAUAAUGCUGGUAUGUUGUUUUUCUUUUACCUUCUACUGA